AAUAGAUUAUACAUAAUUAAUAUAUAUAUAACUGAUACCAUACGAAAAUAUAGAAAAUUAAUAAAUUCGAAGCAUAGGUGGGUGCAUGAUUAUAUGUUAACUAUAUCUUGAUAACAAUCCCAGGAUUAAUUGUCUGAUUACGGACAUCAUAUAUGAAUAUGAACACAAUAAAGCAAAACCAAUCCUAUGGACAAAUGAUAAGGAGAGAGAGGAACGAGGGAAAGAUAAUAAAUUGUCAAGAUUUGCAAAAUCGCCCUUCUUGCUCCUUACUAAUGAGUGAUUUUCCAAUAAAUCAUAGAGCCAUCCCUAUAUAAUCCCCACCGUGCUUUGUUCAUAAAAUGACAAUUCUUGCAUAUUCUUACAUCAACCUACCUAAUAGCUCGAGUUGUUUUAUCUAAUUUAUUCUUUAAAAUUUCCUUCUUCUUUCUCUUACCUUUCUGAUUGUUGGGUUUUCGAAUUGGUGAGGAGGGGAGUUCUCUUCCUCCAUAUCUGAAAGAGAUGUCAAAGGAGUGACCACACCUGCUAGUUCAUGAAUUCCCGUGGGUUGCGCUCCUUAUAUUAUAUAUGCUAUCCAUUACAUGAUCAUAGAGCGCAUGACUAAGGGUUUUCAUGUGCUAGGAGAUGUUGUUUCACUUCAAUCUUUUGGGCUUGGAGUGAAGGGAGCUCCCCUCUCCCUUUCCAUACUACUCUCUCUCUCUCUCUCUUACAUUUUCUUGCUUGGACUGUUUUGUUUGUAGUAUGAAUUUGAUUGUCCAAUGUGUGUUUUAUAGUUCUUAUAUGUACUUUUAUAUUUUUGUGCCCUUUUUGGGUAAUUUAUCAUAUGAUCUUUAAACCGCUUCUUCGUAAACAUAUUGAUUUCUAGAGCUAUUUUCCGUGUACUUUGAACCAACUGGCCAAUUCGUCUUGUUCUAGUAAUUGAAUGUUUGAAUCAUUAUCCGAUCGGCGGCCAGUUCAUAGUAUACGGUUAAAUGCCUGACUCGAAUCCAUCGGAUGGCCCCAUAAAAUUUUUCCAGCACAAAUCAAUCGGUUCGAAUCGAGUCGAGUCGAACAACCGUCACUAUUAGUUGAGAUGGGGAUCAGUUUCCAAGGCAAGGCCCAGCUAGCCUUGCAUUUGGACUGGGCCGCUACAAACGGACCCUCGUUAAGAAACUAGAGGCCCGAAUCCGUUGCAAAGAAGGAAGAAACCCAAAAAAAAAACCCUUGGGAGGAGAGAGACACCAUCCGUAAGCCGUAACCCGCAAGGUAUUCAAUUCCUUGUAGAAAAGGGAUUGAGGCGGCGGACCGGAAAUUUCGUUUCCUCUAUAAAACCCCCAACCUACUGUCCUAUCCAUCCCACCAAAUCAAAACUUCACAGACACAGAGAAAAAUCCCUCUGAGAAAGAAGAAAAGAAGAAGAAGAAAGGAUGCCGAAGAACAAGGGGAAGGGCGGGAAGAACAAGAAGCGAGGGAAGAACGAAGGAGUCGACGGAGAAGAGAAGCGUGAGCUCUUGUUCAAGGAAGACGGGCAGGAGUACGCGCAGGUCGUCCGUAUGCUCGGCAACGGCCGGUGCGAGGCCACCUGCAUCGACGGCGUGAAGCGGAUGUGCCACAUUCGAGGGAAGAUGCACAAGAAGGUCUGGAUCUCGGCCGGGGACCUCGUCCUCGUCGGCCUCAGGGACUAUCAGGACGACAAGGCCGACAUCAUACUCAAGUACUACGCCGAGGAGGCGAGGCUACUCAAGGCCUACGGCGAGCUCCCCGACACCAUCAAGCUCAGCGAGGGGAUCGACGACGACGCUGACGAUGGCCUGGAAGAUUUGAUCGAGUUCGAGGACGAGGACAUUGACAGGAUUUGAUGAAUCUGUGAAGUACUAGUUUAUCUGUUUUUGUUCCUCUUGGAUAGUUAAUUGUUUCAUGUGCUAGAAUGGUGGAUCAAUCUGUGAAGUACUAGUUUAUCUGUUAUGAUACAUUGUUACUGUUUUGCUUCGACGAUUUAUUCUUCUACUUUCAAGCCUUGAAGAAAUCUGCACUCUUUUU